AGCCCGCUGGAGCCUCUGCCCGGAGCCGGGCUGCCGAGCGGUUAGUGCGCGUGCGCGUGCGCGGAGGCGCGCGGUUUGGCCCCGCUCGGGCGCCGUAGCGGAGGGCCGGGCGGAUGUUGUGAGCCGGGGCGCGGAGGCCGGAGCUGCGGGACAGGCUCUGCCUCUGGCCCAGCCUCCAGGACUCCCGGCUGCCCACCGGAGAUGAAGGAUGGCAUCCAAGAACACUGAUGUGUCUUUCUCCCGAAAGAGCUAUCGGCUGACGUCAGAUGCCGAGAAGUCCAGGGUCACAGGCAUCGUGCACGAGAAGCUGCUGGAUGACUACCUGCACCGUAUCUUCUCUGCUCCUGACCGCGCCACCACCGCAGCCGCCAGCAGGUAUGCCGAGUCGAGAGCUCUUCCUCUCUGUGGGCCCCGCCAGGUCUGGAGGUUGGAGCGCGCAGUUGUGGAGAAGGGGCCUGGCCUCUGGGUAGGCUGGAAACCCCUGAACUUCCAGAACCUGCCAGAACAUUUAGACCAGCUGAUACAAGUGGACAAGGAGUGUGAGGAGAGCCAGGGGGAGGCAGAAGGGCGACUCGGUCCGUCCACUGUGGUCCUGGACCACACAAGUGGCUUCGAGGGGCUGCUUCUGGUGGAUGAUGACCUCCUGGGGGUUAUUGGACAUAGCAACUUCGGGACUAUUCGCUCUACUACCUGUGUAUACAAAGGGAAAUGGAUCUACGAGGUGCUCAUCUCCUCGCAGGGCCUCAUGCAGAUCGGCUGGUGCACCAUCAGCUGCCGCUUCAACCAGGAGGAGGGGGUCGGAGAUACCCACAACUCCUACGCCUACGACGGCAACCGGGUACGCAAAUGGAAUGUGACUACGACCAAUUAUGGCAAGGCGUGGGCAGCGGGGGACAUUGUGAGCUGCCUGAUCGACCUGGAUGAUGGCACUCUGUCCUUCUGUCUGAAUGGUGUGUCACUGGGCACUGCCUUUGAGAACUUAUCCAGGGGCCUGGGGAUGGCCUAUUUCCCAGCCAUCAGCCUUUCUUUCAAGGAGUCUGUGGCCUUCAACUUCGGCAGCCGUCCCCUGCGCUACCCAGUGACAGGUUACCGACCCCUGCAGGACCCACCACACGCUGACCUGGUGCGGGCACAGAAGUUGCUGGGCUGCUUCCGGGCAGUGCUCAGCGUAGAGCUGAACCCUGUGGAAGGACGUCUGGUAGAGAAGGAGAGCGCCGAGUGGCAGGUGCAGGGCCAGCCCACUGUCCUCCUAGCCCUGGCCCACAUCUUCCAUCGCUUUGCCCCGCUCCUGCGCAAGGUCUACCUGGUGGAGGCUGUGCUCGUGGGCUUCCUGCUGGGCGUCGUGGAGGCGAGCAGCCCUGCACAGGCGCAGUCGGUGGUGCACCAGAUCCUGGACCUGCUGUGGCUCUUCAUGGAGGACUACGAGGUACAGGAUUGCCUCAAGCAGCUGAUGAUGUCCCUGCUGAGGCUCUACCGCUUCUCACCCAUCGUCCCAGACCUGAGCCUGCAGGUCCACUACCUGAGGCUCACCAUCGCCAUCCUGAGGCAUGAGAAGUCCCGCAAGUUUCUGCUUAGCAAUGUCCUCUUUGACGUGCUCCGGUCUGUCGUCUUCUUCUUCAUCAAGAGCCCCCUGCGUGUGGAAGAGGCGGGCCUCCGGGAGCUCAUCCCCACCACCUGGUGGCCUUGCCGCUCCAGCAGGGAGGGCAGAGAGAGUCAGGAGACGAAGGACGAGACCGCCGAGGAGCGGCUGCGGCGGCGUGCCUACGAACGGGGCUGCCAGAGGCUCAAGAAGCGCAUUGAGGUGGUGGAGGAGCUGCAGGUCCAGAUCCUGAAGCUCCUGUUGGACAAUAAAGAUGACAAUGAGGAUGAAGCUUCGAGAUACAUUUUCCUCACCAAGUUCCGGAAGUUUCUACAGGAGAAUGCCAGUAGCCGGGGGAACGCGCCCGUCCUCUGCCCUCCCGAGUACAUGGUCUGUUUCCUCCACCGGCUGAUCUCUGCCCUGCGCUACUACUGGGAUGAGUACAAGGCUUCGAACCCUCGUGCCUCCUUCAGUGAGGAGGCCUACAUCCCCCCGCAGGUCUUCUACAACGGCAAGGUGGACUACUUCGAUCUGCAGCGUCUUGGAGGCCUCCUCUCGCACCUUCGGAAGACCCUCAAAGACGACCUUGCCUCCAAGGCCAACAUCCUGAUCGACCCGCUGGAGCUCCAGGCAGCCACCAUGGAUGACCUGGACGAUGACGACGAGCCAGCGCCGGCUGCCGCCCAGCGCCCUGUGCAGGCUCUGGCCAUAGGGGGGCCGCUGCCCCUGCCCCGGCCCGGCUGGCUCAGUUCUCCAACCCUGGGUCGAGCCAACCGCUUCCUCAGCACAGCAGCCGUGAGCCUGAUGACCCCUCGGCGGCCUCUGAGUACCUCGGACAGAGUGAAGGUCCGCACGCUGAGCGCAGAGCAGAGGACCCGUGAGGACAUUGAGGGCAGCCACUGGAAUGAGGGCCUGCUGCUGGGGCGGCCCCCCGAGGAGCCUGACCAGCCCCUCACCGAGAACUCCCUGCUGGAAGUCCUAGACGGAGCCGUCAUCAUGUAUAAUCUCAGCGUUCACCAGCAACUGGGCAAGAUGGUGGGCGUGUCUGACGAUGUCAACGAGUACGCGAUGGCUCUGAGGGACACAGAGGACAAGCUCCGCCGGUGCCCCAAGCAGAGGAAGGACAUCCUCACAGAGCUGACCAAAAGUCAGAAGGUAUUCUCAGAAAAGCUGGAUCACCUAAGUCGCCGUCUCGCCUGGGUCCACGCCACAGUCUACUCUCAGGAGAAGAUGCUGGACAUCUACUGGCUGCUGCGAGUCUGCCUGCGGACCAUCGAGCACGGGGAUCGCACAGGCUCGCUCUUUGCCUUCAUGCCCGAGUUCUACCUGAGCGCGGCUAUCAACAGCUACAGCGCGCUCAAGAACUAUUUUGGUCCCGUGCACAGCAUGGAGGAGCUUCCAGGCUACGAAGAGACCCUGACCCGCCUGGCUGCCAUCCUAGCCAAACAUUUUGCUGACACCCGCAUCGUGGGCACUGAUAUCCGCGACUCGUUGAUGCAGGCCCUGGCCAGCUAUGUGUGCUACCCACACUCCCUGCGAGCUGUGGAGCGGAUCCCCGAGGAGCAGCGCGUCGCCAUGGUGAGGAGCCUCCUGGCUCCCUAUGAGCAGCGGCCCUGGGCCCAGACCAACUGGAUCCUCGUGAGACUCUGGAGGGGCUGUGGGUUCGGCUAUCGCUACACACGGCUGCCACACCUGCUGAAAACCAAACCCGAGGACGCCAACCUGCCCAGCCUCCAGAAGCCCUGCCCUUCCACCCUGCUGCAGCAGCACAUGGCUGACCUGCUGCGCCAGGGCCCUGACGUUGCGCCCAGCUUCCUCAACAGUGUCCUCAACCAGCUCAACUGGGCUUUUUCCGAGUUCAUCGGCAUGAUCCAGGAGAUCCAGCAGGCUGCCGAGCGCCUAGAACGGAACUUUGUGGACAGCCGGCAGCUGAAGGUGUGUGCCACCUGCUUCGACCUCUCGGUCAGCCUGCUGCGAGUCUUGGAGAUGACCAUCACGCUGGUGCCCGAGAUCUUCCUGGACUGGACCCAGCCUACUUCCGAGAUGCUGCUGCAGCGUCUCGCACAGCUGCUGAACCAGGUGCUGAACCGGGUGACGGCCGAGCGGAACCUGUUCGACCGUGUGGUCACCCUGCGGCUGCCUGGCCUGGAGAGCGUGGACCACUACCCUAUUCUGGUGGCGGUGACAGGGAUCCUGGUGCGGCUCCUGGUGCACGGCCCAGACUCGGGGAAGGAACGAGCCACGUCUGUGCUCCUGGCUGACCCUUGCUUCCAGCUCCGCUCUAUCUGCUAUCUCCUCGGGCAGCCGGAGCCCCGGGCUCCUGGCACUGCCCUGCCACCUCCUGACCGGAAGCGCUUCUCCCUGCAGAGCUACACAGAUUACAUCAGCGCUGAGGAGCUGGCUCAGGUGGAGCGGAUGCUGGAGCACCUGACAGCCGCGUCUGCCCAAGCGGCCGCUGCCUCCCUGCCCACCAGCGAAGAGGACCUCUGCCCCAUCUGCUACGCUCACCCCAUUUCUGCUGUGUUCCAGCCUUGUGGCCACAAGUCCUGCAAAGCCUGCAUCAACCAGCACCUGAUGAACAACAGGGACUGCUUCUUCUGCAAAGCUACCAUCGCCUCUGUGGAAGACUGGGAGAAAGCAGGCAGUGCAAAUGCCACUUCCUCAGCCACCUAGCUUGGCCGGGCCUCCGAAGCAGCAGCCUCCACCCCUGAACCCAGACCCAGGCCGGGCCUCUGAGCCUCUGUAGCCUGUCCCCACCCCCACCCCCACCCCAGUCGUGUGCAACCUCCUUGUCCGUGUGUCAUCUCACUGGCGGGAGCCCUGCCGUGCCCUGUGCCCUAGUUGUGCCUGAGCUCGACUUUCAGUCAGGGCCACAGUGUGAAUUAAAUUAUUAUUCCAGACA